AUGGUACUUGACAUAAAGCUUGCAGAAGGCCCUGAAAAUAUCGACAAUGAUACUAUUCAGGAGGUAAAUAUUAAUGAUAUUGCAUGUGUAGAGAUCGACUGCCUUGAUGUGAGGGACCUUAUUAAGCAUGAAAUCGAAGAGUUAACAAUUAAUGAGUCUGAUGCAGCCAGUACGGUAUAUCAAGCACAUUUGCUUGUGAAUGUAGAUAUAACUUCAGACAUGAUGGCCAAGGACGUUGCUGCUCUUAUUGUUGCUGAAAUAGAAGGUGGUGAUGAUUAUUCAUGGAAUGAAAUUUUAAAAAAAAUUUUUGAAGCAGUAAAAACACAUAAUAUUAAUCCAUGUUUUGUAUUUAUGAACAAGGAUUUCGUGGAAAUUAAUACUACAAUAGAGAUUUGUAAAAACAAUCAUAGAUGGGAGGCUGUUCCUAAUAGUAUUCAACAAGAAAGUUGGGAACCAUAUUGCGCAGAUAAUAUAAAAUUAACUCUUGAGGAUGCAAAGCAAAUUGCAUUAUCUAGACAUUGGGAAUGUCUUUCAGAGAAUUUAGAACUCAAUAUUCCUUACUAUUAUUAUGGUUUUGCAAUUGAAGUACAAGAAGAAUAG